GUCAAACUGUCAAUUUCAAAAUAAGUAACGGUCUUCCAAACCAAACAAAUUCGAAUUCUAAAUGUGAAUGCGAAUUGAAAAAAUCAAACUAGUAGUAAGUAACAGUGUAGUUAAAAAGUGAAAAUAAAGGAGUUUUUGAUAUUGAUAACGAAAAGAAAAACUUGGAAGAUGAAUACUCCUUUUAGAUCUACACAUCACACUCCAAGAAUGUUGAGGAGGGAAAAAACAAAUCUCUCUACUGCAAGCUCUGAUUCAUUGAAAGAACCGGUAAGAGUCUAUUGUAGAAUACGCCCUUUGAACGAUGAAAAUGAUGCAUCGUGUAUUUCUUUGAUAUCACCUACAGUAUUAUCACUCAAUACUGCUUCAGAUCCAAAGUAUACAUUUCAAAGAGAACUUCACUGUCAGUUCAAGCAGAUUUUCACUUCUUAUGCCACUCAAAAAGAAGUAUUUGAUUUUGUUGCUUUGCCUCUUCUUCAGGAUUUAUUGAAGGGUAAAAAUGCUUUAUUGCUUGGUUAUGGUGUAACUGGUUCAGGAAAAACACAUACUUUGUCUGGUGAGCCCAGUGAUCCAGGAAUAAUGCCUCGUUGUAUUAACUCAAUAUUCAAUACAAUAGGUAAUUAUCAAACACCUAAAUUCACUGUAAAACCAGAUAGAAUGAAUGGAUUUCAAAUUCAGUCAGAAAAUGAUGCUAUUCAGGAUAGGCUUUUGGAAAAUAAAGCAAAUAAUGCUAAAGCUGCCAGAGGUAAAACUCCCAGGAAGGUUGUUGAGCAACCACAUUUUUUCAACGAUGGGAUUAAGAUCAGUGAUAUGGAUGAUACUUGUUCCUAUGCUGUAUUUGUUAGCUACGUAGAAAUCUACAAUAACAUUGUUUAUGAUCUAUUAGAUGAGUCAAAUGGUAAAAAUUUACAACCAAAAAUUCUCAGGGAAGAUUUACAAAAAAAUAUGUAUGUUAUUGGGGUAACAGAAGUGGAGGUUAAAUCUGCCGAGGAAGCUUUUGAAGUUCUCAAUGCUGGCAAGAAGAAGAAGAGAAUGGGACAUACCUUAAUGAAUUCAGAAUCGAGUCGUUCGCAUUCAGUAUUCAAUAUUCGUUUAGUUCAAAUUGAACAAGUCGCUCAUAACAGCGAUGGAGUUGCUGUGAUACCAGACUCUAAUUUGAUCAGAAUAUCACAGUUGAGUUUGGCUGACUUGGCUGGAUCUGAAAGGACAAAUCGAACCCAAACAACAGGUAUGAGACUAAAAGAAGCUGGAAGAAUCAAUAAUUCUCUAAUGUGUCUGAGAAAUUGUUUAGAAAUCUUGAGAGAAAAUCAGCUUACAGGAUCCAAUAAGUUGGUACCCUAUAGAGACAGCAGGUUAACUUUUCUUUUCAAGAAUUUCUUCGAAGGAUAUGGAAAAGUUGAAAUGAUGGUUUGUGUGAAUCCUUCCAUAAAAGAUUUUGAUGAGAAUUUGCAAGUUAUGAAAUUUGCAGAAAUGUCCCAAGACAUCAAGAUUAAAAAGAAUGAACAUAAAGACACACCAUUUGUAAAGAAAACGGUGAAAAGGACUUUAAAUACACCUUUGUCAGUAACUAAAGCCAAAUCUAAUUCUUCAUUUACAUUGCCCAAAAUACCAAGUUUCAUGUUUAAUCCCAGUAAUUUUGAUGAUAUGAUGGCUAAUUUGGAUCAAGUAGCAAAAGUUUUGCGACUGAGGAGUUCUAAAUUCCUUGGAAUUCACCAUAGUGAAUAUGGUAAUAAGGAAAUUAGUUUCAGAAAAAGGUUAUGUGAAAUGAACGAAGACUAUAUCCUAAACGCUUCUGAAAUGAAGAGUAUGAAAGCAAUGAUCAAAAAGGAAAAACAGGAUAGUUAUAACCUUAAGAAUAAAAUUUCUGAUUUAGAAACUGUCAACGAUAGUCUUGCAUCUAAAAAUGAAGAACUGGAAGCUGUUAUAAGAAGUAUGAGGCAGACAAUCGAUGAGAAAGAUAUGAGAAUCAAUCAAAAAAUUUUGGAGAAGGAGAGGGCUAAACAGAGGUUUAAUUUAGCUAAUGAAAAAAUAUCUCAAGAACUGGACAAUAAAUUGAGACGACAGCGGGAACAAAUACAUGCGUCAAUGCAAGCUAAAGAAAACAAAUUGAAAAGGGUGAGAGAAAUAUUGGACAGUAAUGAUGUGGCAGAAGAAGAAAAACGGGAAUAUACAUAUGAUGCACAAUCUAUGACACCACCAAUGCAAGAUAUCGUAAAUUCUCCCAAUAAAAACUUUCAUACGCCUGCACCAAGGAACAGACGUUCAAGAUCUGAUGGAGAAGUUUGGCUGGAACACAAUUCUGUUAAGCCAGUACCAUUAGGCACUCUUUUGCAACCAGCUAUGAAGAAACGAAAAUCAUUGACUAAAUUAACUAAGGCUAGUGAUAUAACGAAUCCUAAACAAAGUAAAUAUUGUUUAAUUGCUCAAGACCAAGACACUGAUGGUGAAAUUGAAACAAAAGUGUAUAAAGGUGAUAUUGUGACGACAUGUGGAGGGGGAGCUCAAGUUAUUUUCAAUGAUGUUGAAUUGUUGAGACAGAAAAGCCCAACUGCCAGUCCUUAGCUAUUUUAAUUUUUUAACUUAGAAAUAUAAUACAAUAGUAAUACAAACUACAGUUUGUUAUUACUAAUGAUUAAUUAUCAGUGAUUUUAAUUGUAAGACUUAAAAAAGUACUUAAACUCAUGUGUUUCAUGGUUAUGGAAAUAGAUUUUUUGUUGAAGAAACAAAAGUUUUAUCAUGUGAUUCUGUCUUCAUUUUAUAAACACUUGACUAAUUAUUGUUAAUUAGUAAUUAUUCUUUUACUUUUAAUUAAUAUUCUGAAACAUUUUGUUAUAGUAAUUAUAUACGCUCGGUGAUUUUAAAUGUAAGUGAUUCUAAAUGUACUAGAAAUGUAGUGUUUCUUGGUCAUAAUUUUUGUGAAAGAAACAAAAGUCUGAUUGUGUGAAUUUGUAAUUUAUAUACAUAUUUGUAAAAAUGAAUUCACUUGAUAAAUGAUUUUUUAAUAAGA